UACAAAAUGAUAGUUUGGCUAAUUAAAGUGAUCUUUUGUUUAUUCACAUUAGUCGCUUCCUCAACUUCACCGGAUGAUCCGGUCAAGUGUGAGUCGGGCAACACAAUGUGCACGGUUACGAAUUCAUACGGAGCCUUUCCCGACCGCUCUAUAUGCGAAGUGGCAAAGGUGGAGUACCCAAAGACCGAGGCUGAACUCGUCUCUGUGGUAGCUGCAGCCACUAGAGCCGGUCAAAAAAUGCGGGUUGUUACUAGGUACUCACACAGCAUCCCCAAGCUCGUUUGCACUGACGGCAAAGACGGGAUUCUCAUAAGCACCAAGUUUCUAAACCACGUAGUGCGAACAGAUCCGAGAGCCAAGACUUUGACGGUCGAGUGCGGCGUAACGCUAAGGCAACUGAUUGGGGAAGCGGCUAAGCUGGAGCUUGCUUUACCAUACGCACCGUAUUGGUGGGGACUUACGGUUGGAGGAAUAAUGGGAACAGGUGCACAUGGAAGUUCACUUUGGAGUAAAGGAAGUGCGGUUCAUGAUUAUGUGACUGAGAUAAGAAUAGUAAGUCCCGGUUCUGUUUCUGAUGGGUAUGUCAAGGUUCGUGUUCUUAGUGAGACCACGAAUCCUGAAGAAUUUAAAGCAGCCAAAGUUUCUUUAGGCGUUCUUGGUGUUAUCUCCCAGGUAACUCUCGAAUUGCAAACAAUGUUCAAGAGAUCGUUAACAUAUGUCAUGAGAAACGAUUCGGAUUUUGGAGAUCAAGCCGUGACAUUUGGAGAAAAGCACGAGUUUGCAGAUUUCAUAUGGUUACCGAGCCAAGGCAAAGUGGUGUAUCGAAUGGACGACCGAGUUCCUUUCAACACUUUUGGCGAUGGCUUGUUCGAUUUCUUCCCAUUCCGCCCGCAACUCUCCACAGCAAUAGCCAUCAACAGAUUAGUAGAGGAGAAUGAAGAGGCAUCUGCAGAUGCAAACAGGAGGUGUGUGAGAACAGAGAAAACAUCGUCGUUCUUGUUUUCAAUCUCAUAUGGCGUGACCAAUGAUGGUUUAAUAUAUACAGGCUAUCCGGUUAUAGGAAGCCAAGACCGUAUGAUGUCAUCCGGUGCGUGUCUAGACAGCCAUCAAGACGGAUUGAUCACGGCUUGUCCGUGGGAUCCACGCAUAGACGGCGAGUUUUUUCAUCAAACAACGAUCAGUGUUCCUCUCACACAUGUCAAAGAUUUCAUCAACGACAUCAAAGCACUUGUGAUGAUCGAACCCAAAUCCCUCUGCGUCCUUGAAGGCAGCAACGGUAUUCUAAUGCGCUAUGUCACAUCCUCUCCUGCUUUUCUCGGGAAAGAGAAGAAAGCUUUAGACUUUGACCUAACUUACUACCGAAGCAAAGAGGAUCCCUUAACACCACGUCUCUAUGAGGACUAUGUCGAAGAGAUCGAGCAAAUGGCCAUAUUAAAAUACAAAGGGUUACCACACUGGGGGAAGAAUAGGAAUAUAGCGUUUGAUGGUGUCAUUAGAAAAUAUAAGAACGCAAAUGCGUUUUUGAAAGUAAAGGAGAGGUUGGAUCCGUUGGGGUUGUUUUCCACUGAGUGGACCGAUCAGAUUCUAGGGUUAAAAGGGAACGUAACGAUUGUGAAACAAGGAUGUGCUUUGGAAGGGCUGUGUAUUUGUUCGGAGGAUUCUCAUUGUGCUCCCAACAAAGGUUAUAUGUGUAGGCCAGGUAAAGUCUAUAGAGAAGCUAGGGUUUGUACUCGAGUAAACGCUUGAAAGUAAUUCUUUUUUAUCAAAAUAAAUUUAUUAAUUAGAGAG